AUGUGGAAGCAGGUGAAACCAGAGCUCGUCAACGUGUCCUUUCAGUCCAUUACGCGGAUGGGUGGUACACCGCACAGAAUGAUGGGUGGACCGAGUACACGACAGCUGCAGCACAUACAUAAGAGGGUUAAAGCAACAAUUGAAUUGGGUCGACGGACACCCGCCCGGAAGGAUGGUCCAGGCCAGGACCGUACCAAGCCCCAGCAGGCGCGAGCGGAGGCAGCGCCCCCCUGCCAGCCCAGGCUGCCGCGGUUCCAGUGCCCCCCGGAUUUCUCCCCGAGCCCCUUCAGACCCGGGACGCCCUUCUCCCCCGAGGAGCUGCGGGGCAAGGAGCUGUGGCUGAUCCGAGCGCCCGCUGACUUCAGCCCGGACAGCCUGAAUGGCUGCGCUGUGCCCCUGGUCGGGUUCCAGACAUUGAAGACAAAGUUUGAUGGGACGCAACAGGUCUUUGACAUCCACAGCGCCCUGGAGGAGUCGGGCAGCCCCUACCUGCUAGUGUCCUCGACCCACUCUGACCAGCUCUCCUGCGCAGCCUCCUUCCACGGCUGCAUGCGCAUCUGCGAGAGAUUUGGGGACCCCAGCAGCAGGAGCCCUGGCCAGGCUGUCAGAGCCAGGCCUGCCCCCCAGGUCCCAGAGGGCCUCCGGCAGCGUUUCCUGCCCUUUGGGAGCAGCCCAAAGCAACAGUGCCCAGAGGCAGCCACGUCCACGCCAGUGACAGAUGUGCUGGGGUCUGCCAGGAAGAAGAAGAAGAAGAAGAGAGUGAAAGAGGAGCCCAUGGAGCUGCUGGUGUCGAUCAAGCAGGAGCCUCCCGAGGAGCCCUGGGGCUGGGGGAGUGGUGAUCCUGGCCCUGAACCCCCCAGAGCGGAGGAUGAUGGCUUGAGGGGGGCAGAGGAGCCCACUCUGGGGCACCUGAGCCCCAAGCACAAGAAGAAGAAGAAAAAGAAAAAGAAACACAAGUACGAGGCUUUGGAGGGGGCAGUCUGGCCAUGCAAGGUCGAACUGCUGGACCCCAGCUCCAUAAAGCAGGAGUGAAUGUGGCUAAAGCCUGAGGGCAGGGGUUUGGUUGAAGAUGCGUGGUGGGGACGUCCCAUCACUGCUCUGAACCCUGUGGUGUCCGCCUGCUGCAGAGAUGGGAAUGGCAGCUUCCCAUGGGGUGCCCCCAGGACUACCUGUCUAAAGUGCCAGUGUUCCUCUGUGGGCAUUAGGUGCAUCAGGCCCCAUGCUCCUGCAGGGCCACCCAGCGGUGCCAGUGCAGUGCCUGCUGCCAUAGGAAUAAGCAGGAGGCCUUGGUGAGUCCAGGCAGAGGGGACAGGUUCUGGGCCCCAGCUGGCGACUGUGUGGCCAGGCUGCUCUGGGUGCGCUUGGUGUUAGUGGGGGGUAGUGGGUGAACCCUGCUGGCUGCGGGAUCCUGCCCGAGGCUGGGAGGGGCCGCAGGGAGUUAUGGUGUGUCUCUGCCUUCAAUUAUAAAUGCAAGUACCCGCGGGGAUAUGUUCUGUCUCCUUUAAUUGCCAUGGCUGUAGGGUGUUCCCCACCACCAGUGAUUGUUCCCUGUGGGGGAGGGUAGCUAGCUCCACCUAAGACCAGGCACCCCACCCCCCACCCCGGGAGGAAAGUUUGAGUCUGGUGCCUUGCACUGGUUUCCCCAGGGUUCCUGCUGGGGGAGCUGGGAGGUUCCCAGCAGCCCUGGGGCUAAAGGACAUGCUGCCCCAGGGGGAAGCCUUAGCUCGGGGGCAUCACCCAGCUCAUGUCCCCAUUUAUCCAGCUGUCGGGGGCAGUGCUGUACAGUGCUCCCAGACAGCAUGGCACAGCUGGGCAGGGGCCUCCCUCAGUGCCUCCUGCCUGCGUGUCAUGGAAGGUUUAGGGGACCAGGUGGGAGAUGGAGGCUGAAGCCUGUUUGUUAAGGGAGGGGUUUUCUGCAGUGGGCCAGUGCCUGGUGCAUUCCUGGCUGGGGCUGGGGGGCAGGGGCCUGGCUCAGUGAGCCCCCCACUGCCCCAGGGGGAGCAGCAAUGCCCUGUGUGCCGAGGAGCUUCCCCAUCCCCUGCUAGGCCUCCCACUUAGUGCCUAGCUCAAGAAGAAGGGUGUCAGUAGGGGAGCUGGAUGCCAGUGGGGCUCUGCCUUGUAGAUCCUGCCCCAGUGUGGCUCCCGGAGGGAGUGUGUGUCAACUCAGGGCUCAUGUGCCUGCUGGGAAACUAGGCCGGGGUGCUGGGGGUGAGUGUGACCAGUCCAGUCACCCCAGCUGGGUGGGGGAUAUCAGGCCAGGCAGCAGGGCAGGUUCUGGGCACUGCGGUAUGUGUCCACUAAGUCAUUGCACCCCUAAACCUCAGACCCCCAAGCUCCACGGAGUCACUGCACCCCAAACCUGAGAUGCUGCCCCCAGUGGAUCAAUGCGCCCCCCAAACCACAGCCACCAUUGAAUCACUGCACUCCCAGAUGCCACUCUCCCAAGCUCACGGGAGGUAUUUUAUUUAACUUGCCUCGUUUAAACCCCCAACACUCCAUCAGUCUAGCUUGGUGAGCUAAACCUGGGAUGCUGUUAUGAUGUACCGUGUGCUGGACGUGAGAGAGACUCUCCCACAACCAUCCACUUGAUUCAGCUCCAGUUCUGGGGCUGGCCCUGGAGCCUUACCCUGCUCCCAUGGGGCCUGUAACUUGCCCCAGCUGCUCCCAUUCUCUCAGCUCUGGCAGCUUGAGCAGCUCCCCUGUGUGUGGGGGACGGUGGUGUCUGGCAGUGGCCGUGGUUGGAGUUAGUAACUCCUG